UCUAUAUUUUUUUUCCCUCCCUCGAGAACCUUCCCGAUUUCGGCGAUACCACAGAUUCAUACUUCAUAUCUUGGGUUACUCAGUUUCAUUUCUUAAUAAAACAUCGAAUCGCUGAAGAUCUUCAAGUUUUCCUGUAAAUCGGUUCUUGUUCACAACUAAUCUCAGAUUUCCUGUAUCUAGCUGGCUGCUGAGACUUCCCUCACAUAGCCCUUGAAAUCUUUAUAUGCCUGCAGCAAAAUUAAGGUCCAGUAACAAUCUAGAUGCAAUGAUGUUUGGACAGAAUCUCGUGAAGGCAGAUGAAACAAAUGUCUCUCUUGAUACUUUCAUUAGACAAGCAAUAGGGAAAGAACCUGUUCUUCCUUAUUCUAGGGCGGCUGACAGCCCAAUCCAGUGGAUUCAGUUCCUUAGCUCUUUAGACCCACAAGCAGAUCUCUCUGGGUGGCCAUUGUAUCCGAAGGUUCCGAUGCAGAAGUGCGAUAAGUGUGUUCGAGAAUUUUGUUCGCCCAUUAACUAUCGAAGACAUAUACGUCUGCACCGUCGGUCUUUGAAGAUUGAAAAGGACUCUACUAAGAUUAGGGAUCUCAUGGGAGCAUUUUGGGAUAAGCUGUCUGUGGAUGAGGCUAAGGAUGUUAUAUCAUUUGAUACUGUGAUGUUGGAGGGAGUUCCUGGAUCUGCAGUUGUAAGGGCAUUGGCAUCGUUUAUCCGUAAACCGGGGUUUUUCUCACUGCCUCAGAGUUAUGUCAAGGCUGGUGCUGCUCUAUUGGAUCUCAUUCAAGGAAGGCCUUCGAGGUUUCCUAUAUCCUCUACUGAAUUAUUCAGUAUCCUUCAUGAUGCCAGCGAGAAGACAUUCUUGUGUCCUGGCACAGCUACAUCAAUGCAAAAAUUUAUGUUUGAUGGUGAACCUGGGAAGAUUGGAUUCGAAAUGAAGAAUCUAAUCGCUUGCACUAGUUUCUUAGUCGAGCAAAAACUGAUUAAGGAAUGCCUUGUCGAGAAAGAUGCAGAAGCUCUAAGGUGUCAAAAGUUGCUUGUAGAGGAGGAAGAAGCUGCUCAGAGAAGACAGUUUGAACUCUUGGAAAGAAAAAGGCUAAAGAAGCUUAGGCAAAAAGAGCAGAAAGCAAAGGAGCAAGUCGAAGUAGAAGACGUAGAUCUAAAAGAAGAUUCCUCAAUUUCUGUUGAGGUUUCAGAAUCUACGUCCAUCUCUCAUACUCCUGAACUUUCUAUAGUUCGAUCUGCAAGCACAGAUGAAGGAUGUGAUAAUGCUGAUAAUGCAGAGAAGGCAGAAAUUGACAUGGCUUAUGAAACUUCCAACUCUAACGAUCCUCAGGACUUUGACCACCAACAUGUACAGCAAGGAAACAGUCAACAGCAAGGAGAUGGUCAACAGCAUGGAAAUGGUCGACAGCGUGCAGUUGCUAAUCGACGUUCACAACGCAGUGAACCAAAUAGCUUCCGCACAGGUCAUGUCGUUCCAGUUUCUAAGUUGGGAGCUAUUCAGAAACGUGGGAACUACAGAGACCUUAAGACAACUCCUCUGGCCAACAAAAGCCAAAGAGUAUGGACCAGGAAAACCAAAAUUGAGAAUGAGAGAAUAGGUUCGAAUGCUGGAGUAAGAGACACGAGAGAUAAACAAGAUCUAGGUGGCAGUAGGGAUUUGUUGAUAGGUUCAAUCCCCGUAACACUUGCGGAGUGUAGUACCAGCAGUCAGAUUAAGGUCGAUCAAUGCACCUUGGAUCACCAACCAGGUCAACGGAACAUUAGCAGUAGCAGUAUACAAGAAAAAUCAGUAAAGAUCGAGCUUGUUCAAAGUGGGACUAAUAAAUCGAAGACAAAGCAUUGGAGGCCUGUGGGGAGACGUGAAAGAAGGAAAAGAGAAAAAAUUGAAUCUGUAGGAGAAUCUUCAAAUCUGAUAGAUGACAGUUGUAUACCUCGCAAUAAUUCUGAUGGGUGCAGUGGUUUGGAAGGGGCACGUUCUUCAGAAGCUACAGAGGAAUUACACUCAACAGGGAAAAAACUAUUUUCCAGCCACGAAGUCAAGGCUUUCCUCGCUCAGAGAUGGAAGGAAGCUAUCACUUCAGAUCAUGUGAAGUUGGUCCUGUCUCCAGAAACAGAACUGCCAGAGUGCGUUGAGAACCAGGAUGUUCAAGUAACUGCACAUAUACCAUCAGAGAGUUGCAAUCGCAGUAUUCUCGGCAGUGCAGAGAAUAGAUUAGCAGGUACUAAUGGUCCUGAACGUGCGAAAAAUGGUACCUCUAAACAUGCCAAGUUUAAAGCAAAGCCUGAAAGAGGUUAUAAACUAAAGCGCAUCCCCGAACAAAGAAAUAGUUCAUGAUGGAAUGAAUCAAGGGGAAAGAAAUAACAUACAAUUGUUGUACCAAAGUGUGUAGUGUGCAACAGCAUCAAAUCAUCAUUAUUCAUUGCAGAGGUUCCAGUUUUAGAAGAGAGUCUUCUGUGUCAGAAGCAUGAAAAAAAAUGAUUCAUUGGUAGAACUAGAAAUAUUUCACCAAAUUUGUAACCUCUUCUGUUUCUUUCUCUUUCCUGUUAUUAUUGUGAGGGUAAGUGAAUAGAGAUAGUACAACUGUGAAAAAAAAAAGAAAAAAAAGUUCUGUGGGGAUUUUGUCUUAAAAUCUUUAAAGUAAUUUUGGGGUCUUUCCAUUUUAGGUUAUUUCAAGCAUCCUUUGUGCUUAACUUCUGUUAUGGUGCUUGCAUAUAGUGACAGUUUUGACA